CGCACGCAACGAUUUUUGGUGCGCAAGAUUAGCAAAAUACUGAAUAUCGGAUACCGGUAAAUACUCAUCAACCACUGGGGUACGAUGGCCAAACGAGGUCCACAGUCUGCGCUGAACCACCUGAACUGGGACGAGGAGGAAAAAACGGAGGAGGUCGGUGAGUUCGCAAAAGCCUCCGAGGAUGUUUUAAAACAGCGUGUCAUCAAGAAGGCACGGCGCCGCAUGGAUGGCCCGGCCGAUGCGGACAGUACAGCAGCCCCGGCCAGUUCUUCCAUUUUCGGAGCGUUCAAGGGAUUCGCCCCGGCACCGGCAGCCAAAUCGGAAGAUGCCGGCACGAACACCGCCCCCAAACCGUUCUCCUUUCUGGCCGGGUUGGCCACGGGCGCAGCGAAACCGAACGGGAACACCGCCGCCGCCGCCACCGCCGUGUCCUCGAGCGGGUCCUCCUUGACCUCUACGACGGCGAUGUUCUCCUUCGGAUCGAAUGCCGGCACCACGCUGGCGGAUGCGAGCAAAAAGUUUACUUUCGGAUCACCGGCCAGUCUGCAGUCGGCGGAUAAGGGAUCGUCGGAGACCGGUGCCGGUAGUAAGCCAUCGACGGGAUUUUCUUUUCUCUCGCCAAAAGCCGGCACGGAAAGCAGCAACAAAAACCUGUUCGGUAUGGUCUCUCCGUCCACGUUUUCAUUUGGCGCAGCUGCUGUCACGAAGGCAGACGCGGCCACCACUCCUUCGACCACUUCCGUGUCCUCGCCCGGUUCGGAGACGAAAUCCACGUUCAGCUUCGGAUCUGUUGGAGGUGCUAAGAAAGAUGAAACCGGAGUUAAACCGACAUUUUCCUUUGGUAGCAUACCAUCACCAACGGCGACAAAAGCUGCCGAUUCCAGCACUAAAUCCGAUCCACCGGCGUCGACAAAGGAUGACUCGAAGGCACCGGCAGAGAAGAAAGCGACGUACACGUUCGGAAUGCCCGCAGAUUCAAAGGAAAAUGUGCCACUGGCUGCGGCCAAACCAUCGUUCAGCUUCGGGACGGCCAAAGAAAGCAGCGCAGAAACCGUGAAGAAAAUGUUCAGUUUCAUGGACAACAAAGCGCCCGCCGGUGAUGCAGAUGCUUCCAAGAAGACCACAUUCUCCUUCGGCACGUUGCCGCAGAAGAAAGACGAUGGAGCGGAUGAUGGGAAAAAACCAUCCACCGGAUUCUCGUUCGGUACCUUACCGAAACCUGCCUCCAGUUCUGCGGACACAACCGAUGCGGCCGCCAAGAAGACUGUGUUCGGUGGAUUCGGCACCACGCCGACAAAGGAACCGGCCGGUUCGGUGGAGGGAACCAAGAAAACGUUUUCAUUCGGAUCACUUCCUCCCAAGGAACCACCGUCACCCGUGGCAACGAAGAGUAGCCCAUUCGGUGGAUUCGCCGGGACUACGUUCGGUGCAAAGCCAGCUACGACUGACAAGAGCAAAGAGGACGAAUUUAAAAGCCACGUCGUUUCACUGAACAAAUGCUUCGUUACUUGGAUUACGCAAAAUGUUGAAAAAAAUCCGUUCUGCAAGCUGCACCUAGUGUUCCGGGACUAUGAGAAGCACUUUGCGAAGCUGGAAGGUGACAAAGCCCCAUCAACGACCUCCAUCAGCAGCAGCACCAUCUCAAAAUCCGAUGCUAAACCUGCAGAGCAAAAGGAUAAGGCGGAGGAAAAGAAAAAGGAAGAAGCUACUAUCGACAAACCCAAGGAGGUGGCGAAACCAAUGUUCUCCUUCGGUAGCCUGCCCAAGGAACCAUUGGCAAAGGUAUCGGCGCCUGCACCGGGAGGAUUCACGUUUGGCGCCUCCAAACCAUUCAGCUUCGGAAGCCCUCUGGGAGGGAUAGGUUCAACAACUGCAGCCAGCAACCGACCCACUACCAGUACGCCCGCGUCCACUUUCUCCUCAUCGUUCUUUGCGGGCGCUUCCACGUUCGCUAGCAAACCGGCCGCUACCACCGGAUUUACCUUCGGUAACGUUGCCCCACCCGCGGCAACCGAGAGCAAGCCAGCGGAAGGGGGAGAUGGUGGUGAAGACGCGGAUGAUGAACCGCCAAAGGUGGAGUUUACACCGGUCGAAGAGAAGGACAGCGUGUACUCGAAACGCUGUAAGCUGUUCGUGAAAGUCGGUGGAAACUACUCGGACCGGGGCAUCGGAACGGUACAUAUCAAGCUGGUCGACACCAAGGUGCAGGUGCUCGUGCGAGCCGACACUAGUCUCGGGAAUGUGCUGCUCAACAUCAUCCUCAACGAGUCGAUUCCGCUGCAGCGUAUGGGUAAGAACAACGUCAUGAUGAUCUGCCUGCCGACGCCGGAUUCGAAACCGCCGCCAACUUCGGUGCUGCUGCGGGUGAAGACGGCCGAAGAAGCGGACGAACUGUUUGAAACGCUGAAAAAACAUAAAUCCAAGUAAGCCGCCGCCGUUGGCGUUAUUCUGCGCAGGACGAAUGAAGCGUGACCUUAGUGUGGCCAGCAGACGAGUCGAAUUAUCUUUUCAUUUUAGCAUCAUAACCGGAUUGUGAACGGAGAGAAUGGCAAUGGCAUGUGGAUUAACGAUCGGAAACCAAUAAAACGGAGCGAAAUUUACUCUUAAAGAACGAAA